AUGACUUUUUAUUCCUUGCGUGUAGCAAGGGGCACAGAGGCAAAACCAUGCACUGAGCAAAAGCAUGUCAUAGAGGAACAAGCGUACAGUAUAAGUUUUAUAAGGGGAAGAAGUGAAAGAUUAUGUAGUGGACCAAUUUGGCUCAGAAGGAGCCGAGACAAGGAGCGGGAGGCCCGCAGGCGAAGCCGAGAGAUAGAUGCUCUGCUGGCCCGGGAGCGGAGAGCAGUGAGCCGGCUCGUCCGCAUUCUGUUGCUCGGUGCCGGGGAAAGCAGCAAAUCCACCUUCCUGAAGCAGAUGCGGAUCAUACAUGGGCAGCACUUUAAUCACAAGGCGCUGCGGGAUCCGGCCCUGGAGUUCCGGGAGACCAUCUACGAGAACACCAUCAAGGGUACACGGGUCCUGGUUGAUGCCCGAGAUAAGCUAGGGAUUCCUUGGCAAUAUGCAGAGAAUGAGAAGCAUGGCAUGUUCCUUAUGGCGUUUGAAAAUAAAUCUGGAUUACCUGUGGAACCUACAAGAUUCCAGUUAUACGUACCUUCACUUAGAGCACUCUGGCAAGAUUCUGGAAUCGUAGAAGCUUUUGAUCGAAGGAGUGAGUUUCAGCUGGGCGAAUCUGUAAAGUACUUUUUAGAUAAUUUGGACCGUAUCGGGGAAUUGAAUUAUUCUCCAAGCAACCAAGAUAUUCUUCUAGCCAGAAAGGCAACAAAGGGAAUUGUGGAACAUGAUUUCAUCAUCAAAAAAAUUCCAUUUAAAAUGGUGGAUGUAGGAGGUCAAAGAUCCCAAAGACAAAAAUGGUUUCAGUGCUUUGAUGGAAUAACAUCUAUAUUGUUUAUGGUAUCAUCCAGUGAAUAUGAUCAAGUGCUUAUGGAAGACAGACAUACAAACAGACUUCUGGAAUCUAUGAAUAUAUUUGAGACUAUUGUAAACAACAAAUUGUUCUCCAGUGUUUCUAUUAUCCUCUCUCUGAAUAAAAUGGAUCUUCUUGUGGAGAAAGUACGGACUGUAAGUAUUAAGAAACAUUUUUCUGACUUUAAAGGGGAUCCACACAGACUGGAUGAUGUAAAGCGUUACCUUGUUCAGAGCUUUGACAAAAAAAGACGUAACCGCAGUAAGCCUCUAUUUCACCAUUUUACCACUGCUAUUGAUACAGAAAAUAUCAGGUUUGUCUUCCAUGCAGUUAAGGAUACCAUCCUGCAGGACAAUUUGAAUGAUAUUAUGUUGCAAUAAGGAAGAUAACUCAUCCUUGUUUAUUGUCUAUGGGUUUAUUUUCCAAGUCUCAGACACUUUUCAAAUUACUGAAUGAUUAAAGCAACACAUGAUUCCCUUUACCUUGAUGCCUGUAACAGAAGCUGUUUUUGAUGGUUUGUAUUGUCUAUGCCACAAACUUGUUCAUGACAAAAAAUCGGAGGUGUAAAGAUACCAUUUUUUUUUUUAGGUUAGUGUCUGUAACCAUAUCAUUGUAGUACAACUUUAUAAAUAUCCAGCAGAAGAAUUUAUAAAAAAACUAAUGUUGGUUCUAUUUGGAAGCAAGAGGUAAUAUGAUUGACUCCUCAGUCUUACAGUUAAACAUUAGACUGCAGUUUGUAAAAUAUUUCACUUUAACUACUGGCUUAUAUAUAUUGUUGUAUAAUAACUACUGAAUCAUAUGAAACUGACAUAUGUUAUGUUAUCCCUAGCUUGACAUAUUUAAGUUCAGUUGCUCAUUCUGUAAAGCAUAUAACUAACACUAUGUUUCUGUUUUGAGUAUUGUUUAAACCCGGGCUUGUCACAUCCUGGGAUAGGCAUUCACAGUUAUUAAAGUUCUGCUUGUGACUCAAAAAAAAAAAAAAAAAAAAAAAAAAAAAGAGUGCUUAUAAACUAUAAUAUAUUGAGAAACUAGGUUAAAGAUGAUAUUUUGCAAUAUUCAAUGAUGGAUUAUGUAUAUGAAGCAAAACUGAUAAUUUAACGAACACAUAAGAUUUCUGAAGCAUACGGGUACAUAUAGACAGGCAUGUAGCUUUAA